GACGAACAGGAAACAACAUCUGCACUUCAGUUUCUCACUGUCUCUAGUCACAUUAUUAAGACUGUUCUGGUUCGGAGGCAGUUCAUCCUCUCUGCUUGUUUGAGAGCAUCACUAUCGCAGUCAUCUAGCGGCAGGCAGACCUCAUAAGCGAAUUUGGAUUUUAUCUGAUUGAAGAAGGGAUCACUGAGACACCACCAUGGCAAACAUCACUGAAGAGCCCCUCGUACCCACGACGUUUGAUUAUUCAAGCUAUUACGACAGCGACGUGGACAACAGUACCAACUAUGUAUGUGAGCAGGAUGACAUGAGGGCAUUUAGUAAAGGGUUUCUGGUGACGAUCUACACUUUGGUGUUCAUCCUGGGCUUCUUAGGAAAUGGCCUGGUUGUCUGUGUCCUAGUGAAACACCGCAACCAGACCAACAUGACUGACAUGUGUCUCUUCAACCUGGCCUUCUCUGAUCUCCUCUUCCUCCUGACGCUUCCAUUCUACAUUCACUACACUCUGGUUGGCAAGUGGACCUUCGGGGACUUCAUGUGUCGUUUCCUGUCCUGCUCCCACCACACCGGCUUCUUCAGCAGCAUCUUCUUCAUGGUUAUCAUGACCCUGGACCGCUAUGUGGUUAUCAUGUACGCUCACAAGGUGGCACGGCAUCGCACAACAAAGGCCUGUUUUUCUCUGAUUGUGUUGAUUUGGAUCUUGAGCUUCUGCGUGUCUCUUCCAACCUUCAUCUUUACACAGUUAGAAAAGGAUGGCGAAACGGUCGGCUGUUAUUACAGCCCGGACAAUGAAAUGUGGGUCUAUUACGAUCUGUUUGCUACAAAUAUUCUGGGUCUGUUGAUUCCCAUGCUGGUGAUGGUGGCUUGCUACUCGAGGAUAAUUCCCACUCUGGUGAAAAUGAGGACGGCCAAAAGGCACAGAAUCGUCAAGCUCAUCAUCUCCAUAGUGAUCGUUUUCUUCCUGUUCUGGGCUCCGUAUCACAUUUCCCGCUUUUUGAAGUUUCUGUAUUCCACAGACAUAAUAGCUAGCGGCUGCAGCGUGGAGAUGCGCCUCAAGGUGUCGACCAUAGUGUCCGAGGCAAUCGCGUACACACACUGCUGCCUGAACCCCAUCAUAUAUGCCUUCGUGGGACAAAAGUUUAUGAGACGAGCCAUGCAGUUGCUGAAGAAAUGGGCACCUGGCCCAGAGAGCUCAUUCAGGAGAAGUUCAGUUAUGUCCAGAUCCUCUGUCACCUCCACUGUCAUCAUGUAGGAGCUACAAGUGGACAUACUCUGACUUUGGAUAUUGGUAGAGACUAAUCAGGCACUCCAGGGUACUUGGUGUCCUUGUUGUGGUUUCAUCCUUAAGACGACAACAUUCAUCAGUAUCUAAUCUUAAAUACAAUCUCUGUACGUCCUUUGAACCCUUUGCAUUUUGUUUUAACCAAGACACUUCCUCCUCCUUAUGACGUUGGAUGCAGAAAGGGCAUCAGACCAAACUUACAGUUUGGAACAGCUAGCAACCACAAAGAUCUUCACAGCCACUUCAGAUAACACAGUUUUGUUAUUUCUUCCUCACACUUUUGUGAGCUGAUGCAAAAUGAUAAUAAUAAUAAUAAUAAUAAUAAUAAUAAUAAUAAUAAUAAUAAUAAUAAUAAUAAUAAUAAUAAUAAUAAUAAUAAUAAUAAUAAUAAUAAUAAUAAAAAUAAUAAAAAUAAUAAAAAUAAAAACGUCUUCCAGCAGAGAGCUUUUGCAUCCUGCUCUGCACAGUGUUUAGCAUUCAUUGAAUAAUUUUUGCUUACUGUGUAGUUGAACAAUCUAUAGGACAUUUUCAAAAGUUAUCAAAAAGAGUUGCAUUGUUAUCCUGUUUGCUGUAAUAUGUUCUGCUUUUUAUAGUAAAAUUACUUUUCCGGGUUUUCAAAUCUGUAACCUUUUCACUUAAGAAUGUUUGAGAUAGUAUGUGAUCUUUCUCUCAGUUGAUGUGGCAGUCUGCUUUGUAGGAGUAUUGCUCAUCUGAAGACUGAAAGGCAAGUGGGACUUUUUUCUCCUUUUAUCUGCCAGAUUAGCAAAGUCUGCUAGCUUUUGCAUCGUGUUAGCUACUUUCAUAUGUUGAUGUAGAAGGUAAAACCGAGAGAAGAGGCAUGCACCGAGUGGAGUUCCUGCAAGACAAGGCUUUGCAGAAGUAUUCUUUAUUUUGCCACAUAGGACAUUUUUAAAUUCACCAACCUCUCCGGGAGAUUUUGGGAUAUGCAUCUCUUUCUUCCCAAAGCACUGCUAUAAAGGGUUGCAAGUCAAAUCAUCAACACAAGAAGUCAAACAUUUCAUUGCUGAGGAGAAAUAUGAACACAGACAUUGAUGAAAAAAAAAAAAGAAGAAGAAAAAAAUCCUUUCAUUUUUUUUCUACUCAAACUAUGGAUGCUUAGCAAAAGUACUUUUUCACAUAGGGGCCCUCUUAUUCAAUAUGUAUAUGCGUCAAAUUGCUCAGGUUAUAACAGGAAGUAAGAUUAGUUACUGUAACUAUGCAGAUGAUACACAGCUCUACGUUACAAUGUCCCCAGGUGACUCUCAACCUAUUCAGGCACUGAAAAAAUCCUUAGAACAGAUAAAUGUGGUGGAUGUGCCAAAACUUUGUUCAGUUGAAUAAAAAUAAAACUGAAAUUACACUCUGGACCUAAAGAAAGAUAAUCAAUGAAACAUUAAUCAACAUUCUGAUGUGUAACAACAACUAAAUGUAAUGUUUCAAUUGUUGACUGUGUGUUAUAUG